ACUCCACCCCCUUCGAUGGUCCGGCGAAAAUCCUCAAUUGCGCGCCCCCGGCGCCCCGCUGAGAACGCGACUUUACGGCGUUUCGCGCUCAAAAGUCACGGUCGGCUCGAAUUCGAAAAUCCACGAAAAUCGGUUCGGGCGAGCGACGAAGCAGACGAAAUUCCGCCAUACAGCAGCAGCAGCAGCAACAUGAACGUCGGCAGCGUCGGCGGCAGCGAUAUCGCGCAUCUGUCCUACAAGGAGCUGCAGGCCCUGGCCCUGAGGUACCGCGUACCGGGUAACAUCAAGAAGAAGGCGUUGAUCAAGGUUCUGCAAGCCGCCAGAAGUGGAAAUGACGCCGAAUUUUGCCGGUUGCUGCAGGAGCUGAGGAAGAACCGCAAGAGGAAGGCGAGGAAGUCGAAGGACUCCAAGCUUGGGGUAACAUCGACCCCGCUGCACAGUCCCGACUAUAUAAUGGUCGAUGACGACUAUUAUUGUCAGCAACAGCAACGUCAGUCGCAGCAACAGUUGCCUUAUCAGUGGUGUUUCCCGUUUUUGCAGAUCGGUGCAGAGGAGGAGAUACCAACUAAAGAGGACGAUACCAAGAUUCCACAUUACGAGGAGUUCAAGCAGUUACUACUUAAGAGGAUUCAGCGAGAAUUCCAAGCAUGCGACAACAACAAUAACCAAGUGGAAGAUCUGAGUAUCGUGAAUCUGCGGACGGCGUCGAUAUCACCCAAUCUUCAAACGAUUCCUCUAGUCGAGCCAAGCUACCCGAAAGCGAAUCUGAUCAACGACACGGAUCCUCUUGCGAUCUCGUCGAACGACAGAUCGAGUCAUCAAGCAUUGAAAGAAUCUGAGGGAGGCUCACAGGGCUCGUUCCUGCUGAAGAGAAUGCUACAGGCGCCGGUGGGCGCCAAUCUAGGCGAGAUCGCCAGCUCCAUUUUCUGGGCUACCAAUCUGUUGGAUAAUUCUGACACCCUGACCGCCGAGUCAGAGAGUAACGACACUGAAGAUCAGCUGAACACGAAUACCAAUGAGUAUUACAACCUGCUGAAGAAUUCCAAUGGCGAGUUUUUGCUAAAUGAGGCAAACUUGAUGCCUCAGCAGAGUUCGAGCGCACUGGCUGGUGACAAUCAGUACAGGUUUCCCAGCGAUAUGAACAACCGGCCGAAUCCCUACCAGAACUGGACGGUCACUAGCGUGAUGGAGGUACCUGAAAGCGAUCUACAAUCCUCUAACGUGUUCCACGCGAUCUACUACAACAACACGGAUCCCACCGCUGCUGCCGCGAACGCGGACAACAAUCUGGCUUAUCAAUAUCGGACAGAUACCGCUUGCAACGGCGGUCAAAACUUCUUCAACUUUGACACGCAGGACACCAACUACCACCUGACCGGCACAGACAUGAUGACUAACGACCCCUCUAAUAUUUAUUAUUUGCAAAAUUUUAGCACACGCAACGGAGAGAUGAGCACAGGAUAUUUUCGCAACGUUGACACAUUCGAACAACAGAGCAACAUGCAGCAAAAUGUAUAUGCGAACGAUCAACAGUAUCAGUACCUUUAUCCUCGAUUCACUCAGGAGACGAACAAUCUGUUGAACGAGAGACUCGAGCAACCGCAAAGCAAUCUUAUGGCACAGAAAAUAAUAGAAAAUAAUAUUAAUAAUAUUAAUCAGGAAACUGGUAUGGGGAAUUUGCAGAGACCGGCAAAUGGAACAGUAGAGCCGUUCUGGCCAAAGUGGACUCCCGAGUCAAACAACAAUCUGGAGAACAUUCUCAACUAUCACGUACCCAAGCAAGUGGAUUACUCCAAGUUAAGUCAGACAUCCUGCGUCUAUUGCUACGUGGCGCCGAUCGUCUCGCAACGAUCCAAUCUGGCAGUUAACGGCUGCUCGAUCGAACGUAGAUAUACCGCUGAGCAGCGGCAACAUUCCUUCUCGCCCUACUGGAUGUUAUACAACGACACUUCGCAAGGUAUGCGAAUGACGAAUGUGCGCGGCAAUCCGCUCGAGCAGUCUACGUCGACACGCGCAACCAUCCUCGCUAACAACGACUAUAUGCAGGAGACCGCCCACAAUGCUCCCAUCAACGAUGUGUGGAUGAAUGAGUACGACCCAUCGUCCAUCGCCGAUGGCAUGAACAUUCAGGUCUCAGAUCCGCUCUUUUUUAACAUUACUGAUCGGAUUGACAUUCCGAACGCGCCGGGCAUAGCGAAGACUUAAAAUUCGCGGGCGAGAUACGACAAUAAACAAGUAUCUAGAAUAAAAUUGUGACUUUUUCAAGUGAAACGGAUGGUGUUCAAACCGCGGAGUGACGAUAAUCCUCUUCCAUUUCUAAGCCACGAAAGGAUCUUGUUAUUGUUUCAGUUUGGAAUUGGGACAACCGAAGCCCAUCCGUCUUUGUGUACCGUAACAAUUGACGCCUCAGUAAUUAUUUUAUGCGAUUGCCGUGAGAUGCACUAACGUUCUUCCGCUUCCGUAUCAUCGACGAGUGACACGCGCAAUUAUUUCACUUGUAACUGAAACGGGAGCGAUAUCCAGACAGAAAGCAAUAGCAAACAGAAAUGGAAGUUGAAUAAUCGAUACCUUGGGAGAUAGACGGACGGAUCUAUCUUUGAAUGUACGCUUCUACUGCAGAUCAUUGGAAGUUCUCUUUUAAGGCAAAAACUUCAGAACUUGAUAUUGUGGAAAGGCAAAUAUAUUCCGUGGAUCGGAGAUAAAACGAUAUAAUACUUAUAUUAAUUAAAUACUUUUGAACUAUUAUUUACGUGAGAUUGCAAUAUUGCGAUGUGAGAGAAGGGUUUAUAUGUUUUUUUCAUGUGUUUAGAGGAAAAGAUUAGGAUUUUUAUAUUA